AUGUCUCCCUCUGAACAUGGCCCCGUCAGCGUGUUAUUCGUCUGCCUAGGCAAUAUCUGCCGGUCACCUAUGGCCGAGGGUGUCUUCCGUAACGUUGCCGAGGGCAACCCCAUCAUCGGCGAGAUCGACUCGGCCGGCACAGGCGCCUACCACACCGAUGAACCCCCGGAUUCCCGGACAAUGUCGACUCUGCGCCGCCACGGCAUAACCAACUACACCCACGCCGCCCGCAAGGUCAACCGAGAUGACUUCCUCAAGUUUGACUACCUGAUGGCCAUGGACAAAUAUAACCUGCGGGAUCUGCUAGAUGAGAGAGACUACGUGAUUUCGAUGCUGCGGAAGAAGACCGAUGCCAAGUCUUCGGCGAAAAGCACCCGCGCGGCCAAGGAUGCUGAGAUUAGUGCCCAUGGCGAGGACGCGAAGGUCGCCGAGGUGCGCUUAUUCGGUGACUUUGGAAAAGGUGGCAAGCUGCAUGAUCGUGCGGGUGGGGGUGAAGUCGUCAAGGACCCUUACUAUGGAGGUGCUAAUGGGUUCGAAGAGGUUUACCAGCAAGUAGUCCGGUUUUCCCAGGGCUUCUUGGAGUACCUCGAGAAGAAGUAA